AUGGAGCGACUGGCGGCGGCCCUGGGCCGCCUGGCGUGGAGCUCCGGCCCGCCGCUGCCGCUCGACCUCAUCGUGGCCAAAUGCCGCCUGCCCGCCCUCGUGCGCCCCGGCCCGGGGGAGUAUGUAGAGGGGGUCAGUGACCAAGAUGUGCUUCUCAUCCACUCCUGUCGUCAAUGGACUACAGUGACGGCCCACAGCUUGGAGGAAGGGCAUUAUGUCAUUGGCCCCAAGAUUGACAUCCCCCUCCAAUAUCCAGGGAAAUUUAAGCUGCUGGAUCAGGACAGGGAUGUUCGGGAGCCCGUGCAGUACUUCAACAGUGUGGAGGAGGUGGCUAGCAUCUUUCCAGACCGCGUGUUCGUCAUGGAGGCCAUCACCUUCAGUGUAAAGGUUGUAUCAGGGGAGUUCAGUGAAGACAGCGAAGUAUACAAUUUCACACUGCAUGCAGGAGAUGAAUUAACACUUAUGGGCCAGGCAGAGAUUCUGUGUGCAAAAGCAGCGAAAGAAAAGUCGCGUUUCAAUACAUUGCUGCGGAAGUUGGGCAAAGCAGGUGUCCCUGGUAGUGGUGGUGGCAAUGGUGGUAGUGGUAGCAGCAGCAGCAGCAGCAGCAGCAGCAGCCACACCGGGGGUGGCAGCAAGCAGUUGAAGGGCAAGAUGCCUUGUCUGAUCUGCAUGAACCAUCGGACCAACGAAAGUCUCAGCUUGCCCUUCCAGUGCAAAGGGCGCUUCAGCACUCGCUCACCACUGGAGCUGCAAAUGCAGGAGGGGGAGCAUACAAUUCGCAGUAUCAUUGAGAAGGUGCGGCUGCCUGUCAAUGUGAUUGUGCCCAGCCGGCCUCCCCGCAACCCCUAUGACCUGCAUGCCAUCCGGGAGGGCCACUGUUACAAGUUGGUGAGCAUCAUCUCCAAGACAGUGGUGUUAUGCUGCAUUCUCCGCAAGGAUGAGGUGGCACCCUUUCACUUCCUCCUGCUCACAGAUAUGCCCCGUUUUUUGCUGCCAGAGGGGAUGUGGCGUGGCGGCGGAGACCCCCAGCUGGAGAAGUUGUUACGAGAAACUGCUGCCCUCUGCCAGGAAUGCUUCGAUCCCAAUGAAUAUUCCAAGGCUGUGCGGGAGGCCAAGCCGGACUUCUCAGAAGAAUGUGCCAGCCCCCGCCACGUACGACUCUGUCUGCAGGGUUGUGCCCGUGAUGAAUUGGCCCAGUCCUUCCAGCGCCUCUCGCUUUGCUUGUAUGCUGCCUCUGAGAGCAGUUGCCAGGACUCAGCCCAAGGAGGAAGGACCCAGCGAUUGUUUCUCCCCUCCCGCCAAGAGCCCUCUGGUCUUAUUUCUGAUACAUUGGAUUCUGAGCGCGAAUACAUGACACCUGAUUGGGUUGAACCCACAUUCCGGACUCAAGAGCUCCCAUAUGAAGAAUUGUGGACUAAUCAAAACACAGAGAAUUAUUCUGAAUCCAGCAGCACUGCUCCCGGACUGGAGAAUGCCAACAAAGGUCAGCGUGAUCUUAUCUCUUUUGGUAGUGUCUCCUCACCUCUGGGUUCACCAUGCCACCGAGGCCUGCUGCAGGAGGACCUUAACCCAGAUGCUCCUCCCCCAGUGCCACCCAAAUCUGAAGCGGUGAGAGAGGAAUGUCGCCUCCUUGUUGCCCCCCCGGUGCCACCACGUGGUGCCCACACAUCAGCCACCUCCAGCCCUCCAAUGCCUGUGCGCUUCCCCAAGCUCCAAACAGCUGUGUCACCCAGCGCCAGCCUCUCAUACUACUCAUCUGGACUUCAUGACAUGUCAAGACCACGAAGUGGUAGCUGCUCCCCAUCCCCAGACUCCUACUCCUUGUACUGCUAUCCCUGCACAUGGAGCGACUGCAAAGUUGGGGAGUCCUCUAGCCGACAACUGGCCAGCCCUCAAACACAGCUGCCAUCUCAGCCCCCACCCGCUCAAGUGUCUUCCUGGUCUGAUCCUUGGCCAUAUAAUGACCUGGGCUCAGGUGUGGCCACUGGGAGAUCCACUCCACUGCUGGGGAGCAGUGAUGCCACUGCCAUCAAGAGCUACCACAGCUGCCCUCGCCUGAAACCUCCCCCUCCACAAAAACGCUUUGCUCCCUUUGGGGCUUUCAACCCCUUUUCCAAUGCAGCAUAUUCUUCCAGUCCAACUUCCUGUGGCUCCUCAGAUUGGUUGGACUCUCUUGAUUGGCAGAAGACAACUGCCUCUUCCACAGAUACUUUUGACCCCUUUGAGGGCACUUCCUCCCCAGAGGGGGAGUUGCACUAUAGCCCUGCACCACCACCUCGCUCAUCAAAACCCUUUGACACGGCUGAAAACAUUGUCAUUCGGACGUCAGUAGCCCCUUUGUCAUCCACCAUUGUUCAUGGCACUGAAGGGGGCAUCACCCACCUUUAUCUGGCUCAGGGGGUAAUUGAGGCACCUCCUGCCCGUCUCAAUGGGGAUGGUUCACCCUGGCAGCCCCCUGGUGACUUAUCAGCGCUAUCACUUGAGGAGGUGUCUAGGUGCCUGCGUUUCAUUGGCCUCUCUGAGGAUGUGGUCAGCUUCUUUGCCCGGGAACGCAUUGAUGGUAGCAUCUUUGUACAACUCACUGAGGAGAUCUUAUCUGAGGACUUUCAUCUCACCAAACUUCAAGUCAAAAAAAUAAUGCAGUUCAUCAAGGGCUGGAGGCCCAAGAUCUAGAUUGGCAAGGGAAGCUUUCUUUGUGGGUUGCAAGGGUUAGGUUCAGGCUGUCCCUUAAAUAUAAAACUAGGAAAGAGGCCAAAGCAUAUUUCUAUACCUGAAAAAUGGUAGCAGGGGGACAUGAACCCAAGAGCAACGUAGGAUUGUGAUUGUCAGUUUUAACUACAAACCAACACAAGGAAUUGGCAGGAGCUUGCAAAUUUCCCUUUACAGAAAUGGGCAAAGUAGAACUCAGAACAGGCCAGAAGCUUCAACAUGAGUGGUGCGUUAUGGCAGGUUACUAUUGUCUUUGUGCCAAGAUUAGCAAGGAGAUUUAUUGCCUUACAUGAUUCUUGUGUUGAUAGUGUGGAAGAGAAGGAAAGCAGUAUAGCCAAGGCACAGAAAGAGGGUUACAUGCUCCUUUUCCGACCAAGCCCCAGAAUCACCAGAGCUAAGCUGCCUAUUCUACCGUGAUAAGAUUCCUGUUCAUCUUCUGUUUGUUUCACAUAGCAUUAGUUUUGAAUUUUUUUAAAGAAAGGGACAGGUAAUAAGUAUGCACCCUUCUGAUUGUUUGGGGGUGAUCAAUUUGAGUAGGAGCCUUGUGACCUAUGGUAUGCAAAAAAUAGAGGGAGCAUAUCUGCAGACUUUUCCCCAACUGCCUUCAUAAGGUUUUGUACUUAAAUCUUUGGAAUGAAAUGGAGGCAAUACUGUAUUUUAUAGCCGAAAGAUGUUCAGAUAAAUCUCACCUGGCAAUCUCUGCCCUAGAAACCCUGAUCCUUAAUCUGAGGUCUAGAUUAAAAUGUCAGUGUAAAGUGUCAAUUUAUAUUUUACAGCUUUGCUUAGAGACCUGCUUCCACGUGCAGGCUAAUUUCAGUGCUCCCCUAUGGGGAAAGCAUCCUGCAUGUAGAAAAUAAAUGGGCUUAAAAGAAGGGCUUAGGGUAGUCUAGAAGUGCUAAUUGUGCGAGAUCAGUGUGCACACUGACAGUGGUGCCCACCCACCUGCAAUUCGAAGGGCUCCAGUGUAGUAAAAGCUUGAUGAUUCUGCUGUUUUUACACAAAGCACUGAAACUGCAUAAGGCCACCUUCCUAAGCACUUGAACUUCUUAAGCACCUUUGCACUGCUCUAAGGGCUAAAACCUUAACAACUGUGUGCUGCUUAAAUUUCAUGUUUCUGCACUAAAAUUGUGGAUGCAUGCAAUUUAGGAAUAUUUGGGCAGCCUACUCUUUUGCCUAUGCAGAAAUUCUAUAGCACCCACUGAGAGUUUCAAGUAAUUUGUUCCUACUCCAACUUACUUUCACAAUUGUUUUUAGCGGAGAAUGGGGCUGAUUCAAGCCUAGAGGACUUCAAACUAUUUGUUUCUACUUUUAGU